CAGUGCUUAGCUUAUUGUUGUAAAGUUCUCGCCUUGGUCAUAAACUCAUAAAAGAACAUUCGACAUUCGACUCUCGAUGGCAGACCGAAACGUUUAAACAUAAGCCUGCAAAAUACGCAAUAAGUAAAUAAUUCUGAAAUAUUCUUUAAGUCAGACUGAAGAUUUAACUUUUAUCGAAGCUAUAUUUAUUAUCCAGCUUUUAAAAAGCUAUGGAUGGAAAAAAACUAGCUCGCGAAAUAGAAUCAUUCAAUUUCAGAGAACCUAAAGAUGUCAGAUACGAUGAGAAUCUUAUUGAAGACGUUAUUCUAAAAAUAAUAAAAAAAGGAGGAGAGAUUCCUAUUAAACAUGAGUCAAAAAAUAAGGAGAUUGCAACGCAAAAAAUAGAUUUAGGAAAUAAGGUGGUAUCAAUCGCACCUUUGAAUGAACUGAUAGAAAUUUAUAGUGAGGCGAUAGCCUAUGCACUACCAGGUUCAGAAUUGUUAGCGCGUGGAUUUGCAAAUCGCUCGGCAGCACUAACAAAUGGGUGUAUGUAUGAAGAUUCUUUGAAGGAUAUUGAGAGAGCAUUUGAAAUCGGGUAUCCAGAUAAUUUAAAAGCUAAGUUAUAUGCUCGCAAAGCAAAAAAUUUGCUAGCUCUCAAUCCAAAAAUGAGUUCUGAAGUUGAUGACUCCAUUACCCAAGCAAACAUUUGGGUAGAAAAAAUGGAUGAGGAUAAUAAAAAAAAAGUGAAAAACAGCUUAGAUAAACUGAAGAUGAAAUCUUUCAAAGAACCUGUUAAAAAAUGGGAUGAUAGUUUAUUUUUGCCUAAAAUGACCAAUGAUAAUCCUAAAAUAUUGAGAGCUUCAAGCACUAUUGACAUCCAGCAGUCUGAGAAAUUUGGUCGACAUAUUGUAGCUACAAAAAAUAUUAAAGCAGGUGAAGCUAUUAUGACACACAAGGCUUAUUCAGCGGUACUAAUGAAUAAAUACUGGCACACAUACUGCUGGAAUUGUUUAAAAUUUACUUGGAGUUGCGUUCCUUGCAGUCAAUGCGCCAAUGUCGUUUACUGUAACGAAAAAUGCCGCGAUGACGCCUGGCAGGAGCAUCACGAUAUCGAGUGUCCUGUUAUCAAUGCACUUGUAGCUAUUGAUGAAGAGAUGAUCGAAAUAAGUCUUAUGAGUCUGCGAAUACUUGUAAAAGCUAUUAAAGAAUUCGGAACAGUAGAAGCAUUAUUCAAUAAAGUUCAAGAAAUUGAUCAAAUUGACGAUUCAAUUAAAAAAUGUUUCACUCAGGGAGUGUUUGAUGAUACCAAAUAUGCAAGUGUAUACGCAUUAUUACGAAUAAAUUUAGAAGUAUCGAAAUUAAUAUUGUAUACUUCUAAAGCUAUCAAGAUACUUUUUAUUUUGGCUGCAACAACUGAUAUAUUCAAUAAAAAAAUUGUCGAGAUCAGUGAGUUAGAAAACAUCAAUUUUGGAAUUUUCAUCGGAAAAUUACUGUUUCAACACAUGGAAAUUGCUACAACUAAUGCCAUUGUGAUAAUGCCAAAUGAUAAUAAAAGAAAUAUAGUAAGUGUCGGCAGCGUUUUAUUGCCGCUUUUAAGUUUAUCUAGCCACAGCUGUAAUUGCAAUGUUUAUCACUAUGCUUCCGGAAACAUUAAUGCAGUUAUUGCAGUUCAACCGAUAAAAAAAGGUGAACAGAUUUGUAUCAGCUACGGACCGUAUUAUCGAGAUGAACCAACUUCUCAAAGACGAGAGAUUUUGAUGGAAAAAAAUCAUUUUUGGUGUGAAUGCGUCCCUUGUAAUAAUAAUUGGAACCCACAGUAUCGUCCACCGUCUUGUUUGACUCAGCCCGUGGCGAGAAAAAAUAUGAGUAAAUUACCCGAAAAUAUGAAGAAAUAUGACAAAUAUCCACCAAUAGUUAAAUCAUAUCAAGUAUCAACUCGAGACAAAUCUCCACACGAUAUUUUAAAAACAAUAUCCGGAUUAGUGGAAUUGCUCAAUACUUAUGGCAAUUAUGUUGAUUAUUGUGCUGAAAUAGAACAUGCACAAAAUUUAUUAUAUAAUAUUUACACGUGGUUAUCUGGAUACUAAUGAUAAUUUUUUUUCAACAUUUUCUUUGGAUUAAAAAAAAAUUAAUUUUAUAAUUUUAACGACCAUUAUUAUAAUAUAUGGGGCAUUCCACGGCAAAUCGACCACUCUUGACCCCGACCCUUUUCGAUUUGGUUG